AUGCGCAGUCGCUCCGCCUUCGGGCCGGCCGUACGCCGGCCGUGCGUCAAGAUGGCUGCCUCCGUGCCGCGCACGCUGCUGAGGCUGUUGCCUAACCUCUUGCGAAGUUCUUAUGGCGUGCAGGUUCCCCUCCGGGCACUUUGCACUAAAGAUCCUCCGGAAGAAGGUUCUCCAUCCUCACUUCCUGUGUCCCCUUAUGAGAAUGAGCCUUGGAAAUACCUGGAAUCAGAAGAAUACCAGGACCGCUACGGUUCUCGACCUGUGUGGGCUGACUACCGCCGCAACCACAAAGGUGGUAUACCGCCACAGCGGACCCGAAAGACAUGCAUUCGUAAAAAUAAAGUUGCUGGGAACCCUUGCCCCAUCUGCCGCGAUCACAAGUUGCAUGUUGACUUUAGGAAUGUGAAACUCUUGGAACAGUUCGUUUGUGCCCACACGGGUAUCAUCUUCCACGCCCCGUACACAGGGGUCUGUAUGAAGCAGCACAAGAAACUGACCCAGGCCAUCCAGAAAGCCAGGGAGUGUGGUCUUCUCAGUUACUACAUUCCCCAGGUUGAGCCCCGAGAUGGUGACUUCCGAACUGUUCAUGGAGCUGUCAGUGUUACUCCGCCAGCCCCCACAUUGUUGUCCGGCGAGCCUUGGUACCCGUGGUACAGCUGGCAACAGCCACCAGAGAGAGAACUGUCCCGCCUUCGCCGGCUCUAUCAAGGAAACCUCCUAGAAGAAAGUGGCCCCCCGCCUGAGUCGAUGCCACAGGUGCCCGCUGCACCUGCAGCAGAAACCUCCGCCGAGCAGACGGGCUCCCAGAGUGCUUAGGGCUUAUGGGCCGGGAGGGAUAGUGUCUGGGUUCUGUGAUGGCAUGUGUCUGAGACCCUAAGGAAGUGACUGCUGCAGAGGACAAACACGUGAGAAAUUGGAGAGGGGUUCGGAUAUGAACGGGAGUCUGGACUGGUGUGCACUUGAAAGUCUGUCUCUAUUUUAAACCUGCUGGCCCAGCGUUUCUACAAUAAAGCUGACUCUUCUGUCCCUGGC